AUGCCACCACAAAAUCAUCAUGGUCUUUCUGAGUCAUCACAAGUUUCAAGAAAGAAACCAAAACUUUCUAAUAACGUUCGUAAACAUUUAUCAUCAAUCGCAUCAUCAGCAAUUGAAUUGACGUCAAAUAUAUGUCUUGUUGGUCCAGCUGGUUGUGGAAAAACAAAAAUAAUUAAUCGUAUUUACAACACAUUAAAUGAACAAUCAAAUACAUCAAUUGUAAUUAAAAAAUUAACCGGUCAAGAUGUUGAACGAUUGAGACUAAAAUUAAAUAUCAACAAUGCAAAAACAAUUGAAAUGUCAAGUGGUAUUGGCAAAGAUCAACAGGUUGUGUCAAUUGAUGAUAUAAUUAAUACAAAUGUACUGAUAAUUGAUGAUUUUAGCAUGAUGAAUGUUGAAUUAUUUGAGUGGAUUGAUGAAUUACUUCAAGAAAAACAUGAAAACUCUAAAGCAUUUGGUGGUAUUAAUUUAAUAAUGGCAGGUGACCCUUAUUUAUUGGCACCAGUUAAAGGCCCUCCUUGUUUUAAAUCAAAUGUUUGGAAAAAGUGUGAAUUUGUUAUUCAUGAAAUUAAUAAUUCACUUCGUUAUCAUGGUUUUUCAUGGUGGUUUCAUAUAUUAAAACGUGUACGUUGUGGUCAAGCAAAUGAUGAAGAUAUCCUGGCAAUUAAUAAGCUUCAUAAAACACAUCAAGAUUUGGAUAAUCAAUUGAAAGGUAAUCAUGAAAAUAGCCAACAUUUAUUUGGUCACAAGAACAAUGUUAAAACAUAUAAUUUAAAACAACUUGAUUGUAUAAAGAGUGAUAAACAUAUUUUAGAAGCUAUUGAUCAAAGUGGAAUUAAAGUCAUGGCAAGACGUUAUCAAUUUCCAGUUCAGCUUAAUUACACGAUGACCAUUCACAGUGCCCAAGGAUUGGAAUUUAUUUCACCUGUUAUACAUAGUGAUGAUUUUUGGCUACCUGCACAAUUUUAUUCUGCAUUAAGUCGAGGAUCUGUACCUGAUAAUAUUAUUAUUGCUUCAAACAAUGACAAAAUUGAGCCUCAUUUUGUUAAUAAAUAUUCAACACAUGGUGAUUUUUUCUAUCGUCAAAUUAUGAAAUAA